UGUAUACCUCCAGUCUAGAACAGCGAAAAUGGUUAAGCGACCAAUGGUGCUCCAUCGACUUAACCCAAACAAAAACGGUGCACACUGCGCUCUGCACUCCAAUUCAUUCGUGUGAUAAUCAGAGGUUCUUUCCGCUGAUGCUAAGUUUCGGUAGAUUAUCCAACCAUAAGGGCUGUUGCUCUCUGCGACUUCCUUCAAUAGAGACUGAAGUUUUCUCUGGAUUCGGUCUAUAUAACCGUUCCGCUCAAAUCGAUGUGUAACUCUGCACUCUGGUAGCUCCAUCCAACAACGAAAAUGAGCGAAACUGCCUCUACUUCAGCUCCUGACAAUACGAUGGGGGCGCUUUUUAUAUGCACAGUUUUUCAAGGACUAACAGUGCUCUGUUCUUGGGAAUACUUCGUACAUGUUCUCAGUGACUCUAAAAUCACCGCGUGUAGUUUUAUCGAUACGCUCCAUCAAGUCUUCAUCACGCAUGCCCUCUAUAUGUACUUGGUGAAGGGAUUCUCCGAUCCGUCAAUAAUGAUGCGACUACUUUGCUUUUUUACCUGGCGAGUAUGGGUAGUGAGCCAGAAGAACAAGCUAUUGAGCGCUAUAAUUGAACUCUUGCAGCUGACGGACAUUGCCAAGCUGCUUGUUAUCGGAUAUAGCACCAACCUCCUUAUCACGGCUUCCCUCCUUUUCAUGCAUUUCAGAAUGACGGCUCCAGGCGAACAAACGAAUCGUAUCGUCGACAAGUUCACAUUAUGGGUCUUGAAUAGCGGCUUGUUGAUUAGCCUUGUCGGGGUGUUUUGUUUUAUUACAGAGGCUGUUUGGCCCCAAUCUCUGAUUCCUGCCGCGAUGUAUACUCUUCUGUGUCGAAGUAUGUCUCAUUCCCUUUCACAGUCCGCUGUCUUGAAUUCGAAGAAGCAGAUUGGAUCUUCGAGUUCGAACAUGCAGAGAUCGUCUAGUGAGAUUUUGUCGAAUAGAUCUCGUGGGCCUCGCCUUCAAGUCUCCAGGCCCGGUGAACUUGCAAUUCAUGUGGAAUGUGAUACCCAGAUGCAGUACGACAAUAUGGAAUCACCGCAGAGUCAUAAGGAUGGAGAGACGUUCGAGUUGACACCCUAUCCCAUAAACAAAUGAACUUACUUAGCUGUUAGUGUUCUUUCUCCCCUGUGGUAUGUGAUAUCUGAUGGGCGUUGAAGAAUUUGUACUGACUGUGGGAUGAAUGUACGAUAGGCGUAUGACGAGAUCUCCUCUA